AUGGUCCUGUACUCCCCUAUUGUCCAGUCUAUUGUCCCGCGCCCCAUUGUCCACGCCGAGUGGUCGGUCGCCCUGGUGGAUUCUAAAAGCACAGGGCGGCUGCGGCUCGGCAAUCAUGACAUGAUCGGCGGUCUUGGUAAUCCCCUCGACGCAAUCAAUGCCGUCUCUCAGUACUUCAAUCUCGUUGCCGCCAAGACAUCAAAACUCAAGACUACAAGCGCCCCCCCCCAGUGCGAUCUAUCCAAGGCCGUGAUGCCUACCUUACCCGGAUUGCCCGCUCCCGCUGCCGGCUCCCGGCUCCGUCAUGUCGCCGUCGGUCGCGGCACACAAAACUAUACCUGCGACGGCAACGCGGAGUCCAAGCCCAAGGCCGUCGGCGCCGUCGCCACCCUCUUCAAUGUCACCUGCAUGGCGGCCAUGUACCCGGAUGUCACCGGCAAAGUGCCCGGCAUGGCAGUCCACUUCAACCUCGACGCCGCCAACCGCCUCGGCCCCGCGAUGCUGCCCGUUUCCGGCCACCACUUCUUUACGGCGGCCGGUGUUCCUUUCUUUGACUUGGGAGACGAGGGGCAGAUUCCCUGUGCCAAGAAUGCCAGCGUGGAUGCCCCCUCGACCGCGACUAUCGGUCAAAGGGGCGAGGUCGCCGUUGCCUGGCUGAGGCUCCUGGCCACCAAGGACGCCACCAAUGGUCUCGGUGAAGUCUUUCGUGUAUCAACUGCCGGCGGCAGCCCCCCGAAAACAUGCCAGGAUCUUAAUGGUCCUUUCCAGGUCGAGUAUGCUGCCGACCGAGAACACCGUCCUCGUUUCUGCUUGAAAAACGUGUCUUUAGGCGUGGUUGCGGAUUGGCGUCGUGUGACUGCGCCUGCUCACUACGUCCUCGACGAACCCGUGUCGCCAUUGGAUGCCGUCCCUAUAGCUCACGAACUGAUCAACAAAUACAUCGGUGUCCAGCCAAACAUUGAGAGCUUCCAUUUCGAAUGGAUUUGCGGCGGUGAACUGGCUUCUGGGCGUCACCAACGGGCUCAGCAUAUCCUCCCCGCUCCGUUUCUUGCAUCGCCCAUGGCCAUGACUCGGAGAGCCAUGACCAGUUGUGGCAGAGAUGACACCCUGCUGCGACUCCCACACGUGAAGAAUCUAUCACUCAAAAAUUGCUGGGUGGCGCCACAUGUGCUCCUGCAAGUGCUUCGGAGCUACGCUCUCUGCUCUUUGGAGAGGGUCGAAUUCGAGGGCGUUUCGCUUUCUGUUAUGCCAUGGACGGCAGGGCACGGAUCGAGCAUAGAUUUGUUCAAUUUGGGAGAUACGAACAUAUCUCUGCAUCUUUUCCGUCUUGGCUUCCAGCCCCCGCUGGCACAGCCUUCCUGGUUAUCGUGGGCAGGGCUCAUUGAGCAUUUUUCGCCCAGUGUCAAGGUCCGACAUGUGCUCGAUCAGGGAGAGAGUCACAGCACCAAGCUCAACCGUGCCGAAGAUCGACGGAAGAUACUCGAACGUUUGCGAAAAAUUAUUCCUGAUGCACUGGCGCUUCCCGACGAAGCGGCCCUGUACAGGAUCAAAUCGCUGACUUUCAAGUCGUGCGGCUAUGUCAAUCUCGACCAUCGCGCAUUCAGCCUCAGGGGCAUGGUUCCGCUAAGACAUAUAUCACCAUUUUCGUGUGCUACUACCGCGUUAGAGUUCACGCGGUACAUGCAGGAUUGCAAGGAACCUCUGAUGGGACGCAUUGUCCCCUUUGCCAUGUUAAAUGACAUGGCGCCGUUCCGUGACGUCUUUCAUAUGGUCAUGGGGUGGGAGGGCGUGUAUGACAGCCAAAUAAAAUCGGCGGCUUUACUAGACGGAUGUGGGAAGGUCGACAUAGGGCGGUUUUCCGGCACACUGACCAGCUGGGACGUUGAUGCAGACACUGGCGGACAGGUCCAGUCGGCGGCUGGCAGCUGA